GCAAAACAGUGAGGCAGAAGCCACGCACAGCGCUUUCCUUGGAAAGAAAGAUGUGUUUCUUUCUGAUCUGUUGUGGGUGGAUGCUGGUGUCUUCAGUUUUUGCAUUUGGCAACGCGGCGGUGAAUUACACUACGACUUUAUUUGUCAAUCUUGGAGAGUCUGCCAAAAUUAGAUGCAACUACAACCGAACAAAUGACACGGAAAGCAUGACAGCAGUUCUGCAAACGUUAAAUCACACACUGUGUUCAUAUUUCUUACUUGAGAAUACAUGGAAGAAACUACAUUGUGAAGAUCACAGCAGGUUCAUAUGGAUUCCAGAAACUAAGGAAAUAACAUUUGAGCUCUUAAAUCUUCAAAUUAAGGAUAUCGGCACAUACACCUGUACUGUGAAGAGGAUUGUAAAACCACCUCAAGUGGAUCUGGGAGUGCAAAAAAUUCAAGUUAUUGUGCGUCCCACCUUGUCUCUGUCCUGUGUGAAGAGGCCUGAUGGGUCUCCCAUGAUUCUGUGCUCUGUGCAUUUUUACCCCGAUUCUCUUGAACAGUUGUGGAUCAGAGACGGAGAAGUCCUCAACAGCUCACACACAAACAAAUCAUUCAAUGGAUCCUUUGGUCAGAAAUCGUACCUCAUACUGCCACCACGAAACAUCAAUGAUAUAAUCUACUCCUGCUGGGUAAACCACUCAUUCUUGAACAAACCACUUAUGGCCAAUUUAUCAAGCUCUGUCUGUUACGAAAGUGGGGGUGUAACUCUGACUGUGACAGUAGUGUCAGUCAUGUUGACGGUGCUGUUGACUGUCUUUUUGAUCGUUCCAGUCAUACUUAUACAUAACAAAAGGGCAUGUCAUCAGUCUGUGUCUCCCAUAGGAGUGAGUUCCACACCUGAGCCUGUCCUCCAUGAUCACCUGCAGUCUGAGAUGCUGUACUCAACACUGGCUACCUCAAAACAGCGUCACUUCUUCAUUUGCAUCAAGAUAGAUCAUCAGGUCUCUGCAAGAGACAUAAGAGGAUGCAGUUUCCGAAAUAUGAAAUGGUGAGAAUUUUCACGUCACAUAAGAUCAAUAAUAAUAACAUAUAUCUACAAAAAUAUUUGAUAAAUAGCUUAAAUCCGCUUUUGUUUUCGGACAUAAUCAGAUACACCUGUUUUAUGCUGUUUUAUGUUCAAUGCUUGAUUCUGAUUGGUCAGUGAAUCGUUAAAUAUAUUUAGUAUGCUUAAAAUGUCCGCUAAAGUUUGUAACUGAGAGUUCGCCUUGGCGAGCAGUUUCAUGCUUGUGCUAGUAAUGUUUUUCAUAUCCUCUGAUUUCUUUUGUUUAACAUAGCCAUUUCAGUUCAAAUCAACAUUUAAUGUACUUUUAACUAAGCACCCGUGCAGUAAGUUAGAUUAUAUACAGCUGGUCGUUAUCACAAAACAAACCACAACAAAGUAUCUAUAAUACAAAAUGUAUCACUUUCUUUUUCAUUGAUUUAUCUGGCUUUCUCAAUAGAUAUCAUCAAAGUGUGCGUGGAUGCUGCUCUCUUUGAUUCCUGCAUUUAUAGCUGGACAUGCAUUAUGUAACGACAACUCAGUUCAGACUGCACAUCGAGGAAUGUCAGUCAAUAUCAGCUGUAACUACAAACCAACAAAUGAAACCAAUGGUUUCAUAGUGGAACUGAAAACUAAUAGGACAUUGUGCUCAGUAAUGAAAAGUAAUAACUCAUGGAUAAAAUACUGCUGUAUGAAUCACAGUAAAUUUAUUUGGAUUCCAGAAACUGUGCAAAUGGUAUUUGAGAUAUCAAAUCUGCAGAUAAAUGACAUUGGCACUUACACAUGUGUUGUGACAAGAUCUAUACCACCUCCUUCUGUGCCUUUGAGAGAAGACAGAACAUUUGUUCAAGUGAUUGGUAAGAUUAUUUUGAAACAGAAAUUACAAUGACAAGUGAUUUGAGUGCGUGUAUGGUAUAACAAUGUGCAGUGGCGUAACUUCAAGACGGCCCCCUCUGUGCUGCACCACGGUUAUAAAACGCAUACAAACACACAGAGCUCGUGUCUAGAGAGAGAACCCAAAUAAGCAACUUACCUACUAGCCUAACCUGCUUAAUUUCGAACGAAUAAAACCAGUAUCUUAUCAGUUACUUAUAUUAAACUGAACCAUUAUCUUUGCGUGCUUCUCUGUCUAACACACGCGCACACAUUCUCAGACGAUCGAGCGCUUUAUUCUGGUAAAAGCACAAAAGAAAAUGCGCGCAAACGCGUCCUUGCUCUUGAAGUACAACCACUUUAAUAAACACUGCAAAAAAAACUUUACGAGGGUGGAUUAGAACCCGCCGCCUCAGAAAUGCUCGACGAAUGUUGUACUACUAGACCACUAAAGAGCACAGUUAGCAAAAUUGUGAAUUAAAAUAAAUUAUUUCUAUAUCUGUAUAUAUAACAAUAUAGCAACUUUGUCCCCAGAGGUCGGCUUGCAAUGUGGGCCCCCACAGCAGGGCCCCAGCAUCUGUAGUUACGCCAUUUGAUAAAUAAAGAUAUUAUAUUAUAACUAACUUACAUUUCUUAUAGCACAACCCGUUGUGUCUGUGUCGCAUGUAAGAGCAUUGGGUGGAUUUCCCACGAUGCUGUGCAGCUCUGAGGGGUUUUACCCUUCAGCUCUAGAGCAGCUGUGGAUGAGAAAAGGAGAAUUUCAUAACGCCUCUCUCACAAACGGCAUUAACAAAACCAACCCAGAUGGAUCAUUCACCUUCCAUUCAUACCUGAAUAUAACUGACUGUGUGGACUACUCGUGUUGGGUAAACCACUCAUCCUUGAGCCAACCGACAAUACUCCACAUAUCUCCUGAUUGUUACAAGAACAGAGAUAUGAAUGUAUGGAGAGCUCUGGUGACAUCUGUUCUGCUAAUUCUCACCAUACUGAUUAUUACGGCUGUGUAUGAGCAUUUCAGAAGAGCACAUAACAGGUCUGCUGAAAGCGUGGAUGUCACACCUGUGCCUGAAAUCCAGUCUGACAGGCAGUAUGACAUAUAUUCAUUGUUGGGUGAUCAUCGUCCAGUCCCAUGCAGCCCUGACGGAGUUCGCUUAUCUCCAUAAUAAGAACACCAAGGCCCGGUUUCAUAGCCAGGGUUUAAAGGAACACUCCUACUUUUUCUGGAAAUAGGAGGUUUUCAUGGUAAAACUCAAUUUAUUAACUCUGGGGGAGUUGGAGAAUUACUUUAUUUCCAAAAAAAAGUGGAGUGUUCCUUUAACCAGGAUUAGGCCAUAGUUCAAUUAGGACAUUGAAGUAAUUUUUAUAAACAUGCCCUAGAAAAAAAUCUUGGGGACAUCAGUAUCUAUCAAUACAAAAGUAUCUAUCAAUACAAAAAUGUUUUGUAUUGAUAGAUAUCCAGAGCCAUUUCUAUCUUAAUAACAUGAUAGCAAUUGUGUAUCAAUCAUUUCAAUCAAUCGUUUUUAUUUAUAUGGCGCUUUUAACAACACAGGUUGCAUCAAAGCACUGAACAGUAUAAAGCAGAAGAAUACAAUGACAAUGAUGUAUGUAAUAUAUAAUUUAUACAUGAUUAUUUAAUCUUCCAUUAACAUUGUUGGCUGUAUGUUGCCUAUAUGUUGACAGAAUAGGCUUAUUAUGACACAUGCAGUUUAUAAGAUGUUCUUUGCAAGCUUCAGCGUGUAAAAAUCAAUAUAAUGGCUUGCAGAUUGUAGAUUUCUUUCCAUUGUUGGCAAUUGUUAAAAAAUGAAUUCCUUAUUUGUCACAUGGUGUAGCCUACAGUCUUUGAAUGUUUUCUCACGACCUACAUCAAGCAUGUAAGUUGGAUACUGUGAGGUUAAAAUAACCUGACCAUUUAGUCACUUUCUCGGUUCAGCUGUUCAGUCAGAGCAUGAAGAAAUACGAAUUCACGAAUGUCACACAGCUGCUCUGAAUAGAACUAACUAAUAGAACUCUAAAAUGCUUCUACUGCUGUCGGCAGCCUUUGAGCGCCAGUGUCACAUCUGACUCUGAAAUGAAAACUGUGGUUCUGUAUUCAAUGCUGAGUGAUCAUCAUCAGUGUCAUCUCCAAUAAUUAUUCAAGUAUAUUAUUCCAAUGAGACGUGCAGACCUCAAAAAAUAAAGUAUGUCUAAGUUUUCACACUUUUUUCUGAUAUUGUGUGAGGUGAAAUGACUUAAUUUAGCCCGUCUAAAAACCUUUACUUUCUUUUGUCUAUAUUCCAAGAA